CGGCAGUCAGCUCCCGGGCCCGCCUGGUGGAAGCCUCAGGGACCAGCGGGGUCGAGUGGGAGGGUUUACGAUUUUAGCAGUGCCGCUUCCGGGAGGCGGAGUUCAGGCACCCAUUUUCUUUCUCUCGGCCCUGUUGAGCUCCAGACGCGGUGGACCCGCGUGCGUUGGGUACCCUACGUCGACCCUUUCCUUUCGAGCUGCCUGGCCAGGCCGGGCUCCCCCCGGCGGCAGCAUGGGAGGCGCGCGGGGCGCGGGCUGGGUGGCGGCGGGCCUGGUCUUGGGCGCCGGCGCCUGUUACUGCAUUUACAGACUGACGCGGGGCCAGCAGCGAGGUAGCCGUGCGCGCCGGCUGCGCCCAUCGCGGUCCGCAGAAGAUUUAACCAAUGGUUCAUGUGAUGAUGUCCUAAGUGCUGAACAACUUCAGAAACUCCUUUACCUGCUUGAAUCAACUGAGGAUCCUAUAAUUAUGGAGAGAGCCUUGGUCACUCUGGGCAACAAUGCAGCCUUUUCAGCUAACCAAGUUAUUAUCCAGGAAUUGGGUGGUAUUCCAAUUGUUGGAGACAAAAUCAACAAUCCAAACCACAGUAUUAAAGAGAAAGCUUUACAUGCACUAAAUAACCUGAGUGUAAAUGUUGAAAAUCAAAUCAAGAUAAAGGUAUACAUCAAUCAAGUUUGCGAGGAUGUCUUUUCUGGUCCCCUGAACUCUGCUGUGCAGCUGGCUGGACUGAGAUUGUUAACAAACAUGACUGUUACCAAUGACCACCAGCACAUGCUGAACAGUUACAUUACAGACCUGUUCCAUGUGUUACUUACUGGAAAUGGAAACACAAAGGUUCAAGUUUUGAAGCUGCUUUCAAAUUUGUCUGAGAACCCAGCCAUGACAGAAGGACUACUCAGUGCCCAAGUGGAUUCAUCAUUCCUUUCCCUUUAUGACGGCCAUGUAGCAAAGGAGAUUCUUCUUCGAGUACUCACCCUAUUUCAGAAUAUAAAUAACUGCCUCAGAAUGGAAGAAGCACACUGGCCUGGAUGCAGUUAUUUUGCUUCACUCAGCUGAUGUACUUGGUGCUGAAAACAGCCUCAGAAGCAGGUCAGUCCCUGAAAUAGUGAAGAAAGCUGAUGAAGACUUAUUUGUGGCUCUUGGAUGGCAGAUAAGAAUCCAGCUUUUCGAGCUCAGAUGAUUCAGUGUGAAGCACUGUGCUGAUUCCUGGACAAAUCACAAUCAUCAGUGAUCUUCCACUGCUUACCCACUAAUCAAACCUGAGAGAAAUAAGUCACUGCCUGUGAAAAGCUGAUCAUUUGGUGGGGGAUGGUAACUUAAAUAUACGUCAACGUGUGGUAAGUAUUGUUCCUUUGGCUACUUGACAUUUUAUAUUUGGAUUAAGCUUGAACAAUAAAAAUCUGUUCUAGCGUUUAGUCCUGGCUUUUCUAA